AUGACUUGCGGCAUUUCUUGUGUGGACAAUGCACUAAACAAAUCCUUCUUCAAGCUGGGUCUCUUUAUCGGGAGGCACCCGGGCUACUUUCUGAUAGUACCUGUCUUAUUGGCUCUUCUAUGUAUGACCGGCUUUCAACAAAUCAAAUACGAAAUCGACCCAGAGUAUUUGUUCUCGCCUAUCCGCGGUGAGGGCAAAUCGGAACGUGCCAUCGUUGAGAGCUACUUCAAGGUCAACUAUACGCACCGUUUCAACGUUGGAAGAAUUACUCGGCCGGGACGGUUCGGUCGAGUAAUUGUUAUUUCGAAGGACGAACAUAACAAAAAUCUCUUGCGAAGUGAGGUUUGGCAGGAGCUGCGACUACUCGAUGGAAUUAUACAGAACGCCACGGUCCAGUACGAUGGAGAAACAUUCACUUACCGUGAAGCUUGCGCUCGAUGGGAAAAUGAAUGCUUUACGAACGACAUUCUUAACUUGGAUAAAAUCAUCGAUGAGGUUGAAGCAGGUGACUUAAAUUUGACUUUCCCAGUAAUGUUCAAUCCCGUGACGUGGGAUGCGCACGUCUUUCCGGUAUUCUUUGGUGGAACGCAAGUAUCGGAAGAUAAUCUGAUCAUUUCGGUGCCAUCGCUGCAGUUAGUUUACUUUGUUACGGCUGAUUCCAAACGCCAGGAUGCGCGUGGUGCUGCCUGGGAGGAAGCGUUUCUUGAGGCCGUUGGCUACGCGGAAGAUAAUGGAGUAUUUAAAUACAUUUCUGUUGCACGUUUCGCUUCGCGCACACUCGACCACGAGCUGGAGCGGAACACGCGAACUGUGGUGCCGUACUUCAGCUCAACUUUCAUCCUGAUGAUAGCGUUCAGCGUGGUAACCUGCAUGAUGGGUGACGUGGUACGAUCCAAACCCUGGCUCGGUCUGAUGGGUAACGUCUCGGCUGUGAUGGCAACCUCUGCCGCGUUCGGACUGGCCAUGUAUCUGGGCAUCGAGUUCAUCGGAAUCAAUUUGGCGGCACCGUUUCUUAUGAUUGGUAUCGGAAUCGAUGACACGUUCGUCAUGUUAGCUGCCUGGCGCCGAACGUCCGUGAAACUGUCCGUCCCAGAACGUAUGGGUCACAUGAUGUCGGAAGCAGCCGUCUCUAUCACUAUCACCUCGCUCACCGAUAUGAUCUCCUUCUGGAUUGGUAUCCUCAGCCCGUUCCCGUCCGUGCAGAUCUUCUGCGCGUAUAGCGGAUUUGCCGUUUGCUUUACCUACCUCUGGCACAUAACAUUCUUUGCCGGUUGCAUGGCCGUAUCUGGACACUGCGAGUUCAAAAAUCUGCAUGCCAUCUUCGGAUACAAGGUUCUGCCGGAAUCGGUUGCUAUAAAAGAAAAACGAUCAUGGCUGUAUCGGAAGUUGAACACGGGUGGAAUUAACCGAGAUGAUCCGGAUAAUCCUAUCGACAACCGGGAACAUGUACUGAUGGCAUUCUUCCGCGAGACUAUGGCACGCAUUCUGAACAAGGGCUGGACGAAAACCAUCAUUCUGGUAAUAUUUGCAGGCUAUUUAGGAGGGGCCUGCUUCGGUUUGACCAAGAUCAAGGAAGGCUUGGAACGUCGUAAGCUGUCUAAAGCGGAUUCCUACUCGGUGAAGUUCUUUGACCUGGAGGACGAGUACUAUCGAGAGUUUCCGUAUCGCAUACAGGUGAUCGUGACGGGCGAUCUCAACUACUCGGAUCCACACACGCAAAUGCAGAUAGAAGAAUUGAUGCAAUCGCUCGAGAACACCUCGUACGUUACCUCACCACUCUACAGUGAAUCUUGGCUGCGAUCGUUCAUCUCGUAUGUCGAUCGAAACAAUGACUAUCUUAACCUAACGCUGGACAGUGAGCAAGCGUUUAUAGAUGCACUGCGCGAGAUUUGGCUCUUCCCGGCGAACCCAUUCUCGCUGGAUGUGAAAUUCAACGAAAAAGGCACUAAAAUACUUGCCUCGCGUUUUAUGAUACAAGCGGUCAACAUUACGGAUACGAACCAUGAAAAGGUUAUGGUAAAAGAUUUGAGACAAAUAUGUAAAGAUUCAUCGCUGAACGCAACCGUGUUUCAUCCUUACUUUGUGUUCUUCGAUCAGUUCGAGCUGGUACGACCCACCUCCAUACAGUCGAUGAUUGUCGGUGCACUGAUCAUGAUGUUGAUUUCGUUCAUCUUUAUACCGAACUUCCUCUGCUCACUGUGGGUUGCCUUCUCAAUCAUUUCGAUUGAGCUGGGCGUUGCCGGCUAUAUGGCGCUAUGGGACGUGAAUCUCGACUCGAUCUCUAUGAUCAAUCUGAUCAUGUGCAUUGGUUUCUCGGUGGACUUUACGGCUCACAUCUGUUACACCUACAUGUCGUCCAAGGCACGUACACCGGACGAACGCGUCCGGGAGGCACUGUACAGCUUGGGCAUGCCAAUUGUGCAGGGUAGUAUGAGUACGAUACUUGGCGUGGUGGCGCUAUUGCUAGCGGAUAGCUACAUCUUCCUGGUGUUCUUCAAGAUGGUAUUUUUGGUGAUAUUCUUCGGUGCGAUGCAUGGUCUUUUCCUGUUGCCUGUUUUGCUGUCCCUUUUCGGGCCUGGGUCAUGCACGUCCAGUUACCAUCCGGAUGAUGAUCACAAACUGUCACCGGUAGAAAAGACCUAUCCGCAUCCGUACUGCAUUUCGCAUCCCCAGCUAGCGUUGACGGGUGCGUUCGGUAGUAAAAAUUUCCUCGGCGCACCGUACAAAGCAUACGGUGAGGAUAAGGAUCUAGGCAUCGGAACUUCCGGUGAAGAUUCGAGUGAAAGCUCUAGCAGUAAGUCCCAGCGGCGGCAGGCAAUCGAGGAUGAAAACACACGCCGCCGUUACGAAGAAGGCUGGAGACGCUCGACGCAUAAUCUUACCGGCCAGAGCCAAUUUCAGCCCAUGCUGGAUCUUUACGGACAGGAGGCGCUGUGGACCAAAACAACCGGCAAAGGUCCGUUGAAAAUAGCAAACGGCCGUUACGGGUACGAUGACAUGCUGCUCAAUGUGACCCAAGGACAAACUACGGUUAAACAGCCACGUUCGGCAGACUUUGAACUGGACCGAACAACAGAAGAUCGGCGUGAUCGCAGGAAAUCGGAUGACGAACGAUACAAGUCCCGGUACGAAGAUAACCGGACGUUUGUGGACGAUGAAAUGAUGGACGAUACUGAUUAUCAGCAUACCAAUCGCUACUACGUGUACGACACCAGCCACGUGAAGCGCCUUUCGAAUGACAGUGGAGCGGCGGGUAAUAGCACUACCAACAACAAUCCUGCCGGUGCCAGUCUGCACCAUAUGAGUCACGGCAACAGUGGCGCCACGGCGAACGAUCACCAAACAGCGCCCAGUACAACACGUAGAAAGUUUUCCGACGAAAGCGACAAACGCCGACGUCACAGUGACGAACGUCGCCCACGAAAGUUUUCCCCACCGGAAGGCAUAUACAAGCAGAACCCGCAUCGCUCAUCGUCGCAACAUAAUCUGUACUAUCCUCGGCAGCCACCGCAGCGGACGGCCUCCCAAAGCAGUCUGCACCAGCUGCGCCAUAUGGGCGACAUGAGAUUUCCUUAA